AUGAAUGACUCCUGCGUACGAUUAUCCUUGGAGAGGCAAGAUAGACAGUGGGCCACAUGGGAGCCAGCCAUGGCUUCCCUUCCCAUCGGACAUGACUGCCUUGCCUGGACUCGUCUGCCUGCCUUCCUGCCUGUUUCACCCUCCAUUGCUUCUUUCGAUCACAGACACCCGCAGACUGGCCAUUUGCAGCGCUCGCAUCGUGAUUGGACUGCAGCGCCUUCAUCUCAAUUUCGCAGGUCCAGCGUGUCGGGCGCGCCAAACCCUCAGGUUCCCUGCAAGUCCGAACGAAAAGGCCAAAUGGACGAAAGUUGA